AUGGAAAAUUUAUCAGAUGACUUGUUGAUAGAGAUAUGGAGUCGUGUUCCAUCCAAGACAGCAGUGAGAGGCAAAUCCAUUUCAAAGCGUUUCUUAGCUUUAAUCUCACAACUCCAAUUUAUUCAACGAUCCAUUCUCCAUCACCAUAACCUGCUCCAACACAUGAAAGAAGAUGAAAACCAACAGAAAGAAUGGAAAUUCAAUUUUAUCUCGAAGCGUAAACUUCUCAUUUCUUUCUUCCCUAAUCUCAAUCUUUCUACUCCUCAAAACCAAGUUUCCUUCAGUUUUCUCGGCCGAAAAUUUGAUCCUAAACUCGACAACAUAACACUAAAGAAAUCUGUCUUAUAUUCAAGAAUCGUUGGAUUUUCCAACGGCUUGUUUCUCUGCAAGAAAACUACACGUGGUAGAGUCUACCAUGUUUGCAACAUCCUCACAAAAGAUUAUAUCAAACUUCCACUCCCUCCACCACCGUUAACUGGUCACAAUAAACGCGACCGUGUAUCCGAAGGCUUUGUCUGUGAACCUUAUUAUCACAUUGAAGAAAACACAAAUAAGGUCACUUUAAACAAUCACAGGUUCAGGAUAGUCCGGUUUCCUCGCUUUGAAGGAACAAUUAAUGAGAUUCUUUGGGGUAUAACAAAGUCAGAAUUUGAAAUGGUGAUUUACUCAUCAGAAACAGGAAAAUGGAACAAAAAAACCGUGUCCUGCCCGAACGGUUUUACACAAUCCACCAUUUUGCUACCGGCAUUUGCACAUAAAGGAAUAUUGUAUUUCAUCGGAGAAACUAGUAUUCUUAUGUAUGACCCUUUCAACAAUGAUGAAAAAUGUAACAUCAUUACUUUUCCUAGUGACACAUCUAAAAAUGCCAUUUUAUUUAAUGGCCACAUUGGUGUAUGUUGUGGAACAAUUCGAAUAGCGAGUUUUUGUACUAUUCGAUGCUACGUAAAUGUGUGGGAAUUGGAAAAUUCGGAAUCGGAAUAUAGUUGGUGUUUAUUGCACAUGACAAAAUUCCCUCCCAUAUUUGUGAAAGAUUGUAUUGUGGAUGAGUUAUUGAUAACAGGAGGAAGAGGUGAAAUUGUUGAUAUGGGGACUCAAGUUAGAGCUUUUCAUCCUUAUGAUAGUGAUGUUGUGUUCUUACAACGUGCGCAUAGAAUUUUUGUUGGAAAUUUGAAGAUGAAUAAGAUUGAAGGUGUUGGUUAUGGGAUUCAUGGGUUUCAAUCUUUGCAAAUGGUUUCACUUGAUUUUCCAUCGUGGCCAACACCAAUUCCAUCAAUAGAAGUAUAG